AUGCGGCUCCUGGCGCUGGCGGCGGCCGUGCUGCUGGCGCGGGCUCCGGCCCCGGAGGUGUGUGGGGCCCUCAAUGUCACCGUGUCCCCGGGGCCUGUGGUUGACUACCUGGAGGGGGAAAACGCCACUCUUCUCUGCCAUGUCUCCCAGAAGAGACGGAAGGACAGCUUGCUGGCCGUGCGCUGGUUCUUCGCACGCCCCAACGCCCAGGAAGCCUUGAUGGUUAAGAUGACCAAACUCCGGGUGGUGCAGUACUACGGGAAUUACAGCCGUAGUGCCUUCCGGCAGAGGCUGUGCCUCCUGGAGGAGAGGCGCGGGGCACUCUACACGCUCUCUGUUUUGACCCUCCGGCCAGCAGAUCAAGGGCAUUACGUCUGCAAAGUCCAGGAAAUCAGCAAGCACAGGAAUAAGUGGACCGCCUGGUCCAAUGGUUCCUCAGCGACGGAAAUGAGAGUGAUUUCCCUCAAAGCUUCUGAAGAUUCAUCCUUUGAGAAAAAGAAAGAGACCUGGGCAUUUUUUGAAGAUCUCUACAUCUACGCUGUUCUCGUGUGCUGCGUGGGGAUCCUCAGUGUCCUCCUCUUCACCCUGACCAUCAUCUGGCAGUCUGUGUUUAGCAAGAGGAAAGCCAGAGCGAGACAUUAUUUGGUGAAAUGUCCCCAGAACAGCUCCGGGGAGACUGUGACCAGUGUGACCAGCUUGGCCCCCCUGCAACCCAAGAAGGGCAAGAGGCGGAAGGAGAAGGCUGACAUUCCUCCUGCAGUCCCUGCCAAAGCUCCCAUAGCUGCCACAUUCCAUAAACCGAAGCUGCUGAAACCACAGAGGAAAGUCGCCCUGCCGAAGAUCGCGGAGGAGAGCCUGACCUACGCUGAGUUGGAGCUGGUCAAACCCCACCGGGCUGCCAAAGGCCUCCCCACCAGCACCGUCUACGCCCAGAUCCUCUUUGAGGAGAACAAGCUGUAACGUGGUGUCCUCUUCUGUGGUCCUCUUCCGUGGUCCUAUUUAAUACAUGCCACCCCAGUUAUUUAUGAUACCUUGGAAAACCCUUAUUUUUGUAUUUUCCCUCGUGCCUCCUGUGUGGUGGGGUACAAGGCUCCUCUCCGUAAAAAAGUAGGGGCCGCAGCCCUUGGACGAAUCUCCCAGGACGAAUCUCCCAGGACGGGACAUGUCUGGGUCUGAGGCCCGAGCAGUAUGGACUCUGAUUCAGAGAGCACCCAAGGAGAUUUUCUGCUGAGCCAAACCCCUUCAUGUUUUCUUCUCCUUUCUUUGGGUUUUAAUCUUUUUUAAAAUCUUAUUUUAAUCUUCUACUCUUCCUUUGUUUGUGAUAUCAAGCUCAUAGUAUACAGCUAGAGGAAAUGCCAUUAUAGGCCCAAGUGUGAGAUGCUAGAUACAUACUAAUUGUUUUUUCAGAAGGUCAGAGAGCAUUUCUAGGGCACCUCGAGCGGAGUGAACUGCUUACUGCAAACGGUCACUCAAGAAAGCAUCUCUUGUUCUAAACAGAUGCACUGACCCUGGAGAUUUAAGGGCAGUGGCAGAUUGUGGGGAACCUUGCUGUCUAAGCUAACAGCCCACUAUCUCCAAAUACGCCAGUGCCCAUUUCCCCACCCGGGAUCCCUCAAGGCUGCAGGGCGAGUAGGACACCAUUCAAAAGGACUUCAGCACGGUGGACCCGCAUUGCUAUAGAAACUCUUGUUCUCCAGAAAGUUCUUACUGUUUUCCAAAGGAGCAAGGGAGGGAUCCAUCCAUGGACACACUGGUGGAAGUGGGCCUCUUAGAAGUGUACAGAGUUACUGCUCUGAUUGCAUGUCUGCUCCUGGGUGAGCAGAGAUUUCGGCCUGGUUCCCCUGGGCUAAGAGAGUAGGAGGUGCAAGCCGAGCUGGAAAAAUGUGUUUUAAAGACCCUACUAUUGUAGAGCACCUCUCCCAAGCCGACUUCACAUGGGGUUUCUCACGUGUCUGGCUUGGGCUCAGACAGGGAUGCGGGUCGAGGAGAUCUGUGCGGAAGUUGCCCUGUGUGGACUGUUACAACACCCAGGAUCUCCCUGAAGACAGAGACCUUCUAGAAGAGAGACAUCCUGUUGACUGUAUUGUUAAGGACACUUUUUGUGGGGUGUGCUCUGGGUGCUCACUUAUAGCACACUGUAGAAAUUGUUCAGCUUUGUAAUGGACCAUGUAUAUAUGGUAAAUUAUAUAUUUUAAACACAA